UAUCUAACACAAAUAGCAGGAAGAAAAAAAGCGGCGUUGCUGCUUUUCAUUUAAUUGCAACCUAUCUCUCAUCGUGUGUGGGCAGUGUGGCGCCAAUCUUGCAGUUUGUUGUUGUGUGGUUUCGUCAGGGAACACCAAACCUGGGGAAUGUAAUGUUCUGUGUUGUGCUCGGCCGUAGGUGUUAUGUGGUUAGGCUGACAUAGCUCUAUCUGGCAGCUUUGUUAUAAUCCGGAGCAUGAAGGAUGGAGGCACUACGUUGUUCUGACAUGUCAAGCUUGCUUACAUCCUAAAGCAUAUAUGUGACUGGCGCAACUGCUGUAAACAUUCUCGCUUUCAGUCAUCGGGCUCAAUUAACUUGAUACCAUGGACGACUCAGAAAAAGCUGUUCACGAGGCGUUCGUCACAUCCAAAGGGGACUGCAAUCCUCUGGAGCUCCUUUUUGUUGGCGGCCUGUUGCUGUACAGCACCGUUCUGCACGCAACGCUUGCGCACUUGCCCCCUAUCAAAACUCUCAGGAAAAACAUCUGGUUUUCUUCGAGCCUGGCUAUCAUUGUCCAGUGUGUGCCGUUCAUUUUGUCUUUCACUGUUCUUGCCGACUACUGGGCUUGCCUAGUGUUCACAGUGAUCGCCCUCUCACUUGGAAUACGGCUUUCAUGGCGUCUGUUUGACCAGCAGACCCCAACAAAAAGCCAGGGGAAGAAGUCAGUUAUAAAAAGAAGUGUUGCCACAGUUGCACCGCACGACUACCCCGGAUUAAGCUCGGGUCGUGCCCAAGUCAUCCUAAUGACCAUCUUUGGCAUUUUGGCUGUGGACUUCCCAACUGUGCCCCGGUACUUUGCUAAGACCGAGAAGACAGGAUUCAGUCCCAUGGACAUGGGUGUCGGUGCGUUUGUCAUAAUCGUGGCCGUCAGUUCCCGAGAGGCCAAGAACAGGCUUUCUGCAGAGCACAUACAAAAUGUGUUCAAGGCAGUGCGUGGCAGUGUGGCUCUUGUCAUUCUUGGGAUGCUGCGUCUCUUCAUGGUGACGGUCCUCAAUUACCAAAACCCUGUCCAUGAAUAUGGUGUUCAUUGGAACUUUUUUUUUACACUAGCAAGCACCAGGAUUUUGACGUCACUGGUGUACGCGAUGGUACCCAUUCAUAUGGACUGGAUGAUUGGUGUUGUCCUGGCUUGCGCAUAUGAAGCCUGCCUCCUGUUCACUCCUCUGGCAUCAUUCCUGGACAGUGACAACCGGUCAGGUUUCCUGGCAGCAAACAAAGAAGGCCUUGCAUCCAUUGCUGGCUAUGUGGCACUCCACUUGGCUGCUGCAGCAACUGCAAGAACACUGGGUUAUAAGCCACGGAGCUCUGCACGUGACUGGAUCAUGACGGGAUUGCAGGCCGUUGGAGUGAGUGGUGCUGCUUUCACAGCAACGUAUGUAAUGCACACUGCAGUGGAUCCCGUUUCAAGAAGACUAGCAAACCUCUCCUACUGCCUGUGGAUGUACUCGCUUGGAACAUUCGCGUUGGUCAUGAGUAUCUUGGUGACAUUCUUUCGGGUGGCAUUGCUACCUUCCAACGCACACGUCGACUACAAUUUUUUCGAUGUAGCCAACCCCGACGAUAAUGAUGUUGACCUACUCUGGAAAAGCAUCAACUACAAUGGGAUGGCUGUGUUUCUCCUCGCAAAUAUUCUUACUGGACUAGUCAACGUUUUCUUUCAUCCAAGGAGUGCCAGUGAUACUGUGUGCGUGGUCACGCUAAUUGUGUAUAUUUAUGCAGUGUGUAUGUUUGCUGUACUUUUGUAUCGCAAAAAGAUCAGACUGAAGUUGCCAUUUACAUGAAUUUGCCUGUUUUACUUAGGUUUGUGCAAAUAAAGCAGCCAGUUGUAGAGCCCUUUCAUUUGCAUAUUCUCUGCCGCGCAGUGUGUAAAAUUGUACACAUCAGCUAUGGAGCUCUCUUUGUUUCUUCAAAUGGCUCGAAAUGCAGCAUGCACAUUUGUAUGGGAUGUGCAUUGCUGCGUGUCAUUGUGCUGCGUAUUGCUGUGUGUAUGUUUACUGAAACCUUGUAUUGCAGGAAGAUCAGGUUGAGCUGCCAUAUACAGAACUAUGCAGGCUCGUCUGGACACGUAUUUCGAGCCUAAUAUUCAAUUCAUUUGAUGCAAAGAUGUAAGCUGACUGAUUGUCAAAUAAUUAUAUAUUUAACUAAAUGCUAGUUUAAGGGGAGAUGCGGGUUGAAAAACACGAGUUUUUUUCAAAAUUAACUAUUUUUUAUUUUCGUCUGUUUUGACAAGAUUAGUACCUCUACUGUUAUGAAAAAAAAUAAUAGAGGUCG